UUUUGGUGUUGCCUUCCAGUGUAUUGUUUAUUGAGGUUUCGUUCUUUGCAAACUAACUCUUGGAAUCUUUGUAAGCUGCUCUGAACUUUGCACCAUAAUGGGAUAGGAAAAAAAAGAACAUUCAUUAGUAUAAAAAUAAUACCAAGCAAAGGGAAUGCUACUUUUCCAAUUAUAAAAGCCCGCUUCAACUGUAACUAUUCAAUGCCCACCCUCCUCUUCCCAUCAUUUAUGCCUGUGCUUAAGUAGGUAGUUAAGGAAACCAGUUCCCGAGCCACCCUCCCUUUGCAGCCUCCGAGGCGCACUGUGGCACGAGCUUUCCCCCCUAGGCGACAGCUUCCCCCUUCCUGAGGCAAGUGACUCAUUUGCUGCUGCAUCAGGCCGCCCACCCAGUUGCCAUGAAGCUCGCUGCGAGGGGGUGGGCAACAAAAGCAGCUGCCGCUCCCAGGUAUCCUCCUGGCUCGCAAGCGAUCCGCGCCCCCGUCCCUCCGCUGCCUUGGCAGGCGCUUCUGGAGAAGAGCAUCAGCCAGGAGGCGCGCGCGCUGGCUUUCUUUUGGCAGCCUCUCGCCUUGCAUCUCUGUCUUUGUCCGCAUCCCCAAACCCGCCCCUCCUUCACCUGCCUUUCUCCGCGCAGCAUCUGCUUUAGGGGUUCUCUCCUUUCUUCCAUCAAGCGUCCGUCUCUGCGACUGGAUCCACUCCCGGAUUCCCCGCUUCUCUCUCUUUCGUCCACGGCAGGAUCCGCUCCGGGUUUCUACUGAUUCCGACGGCGGAGAAAGGGAAGAUCCAGGCCGGGUCUCGGCUUUCGCUCAGAGCCUGCCCACCGCCCUCCUCCUUCUCCCUUUUGCCCAUCACUACCAUCCCCACCAUCCCCAUCGCUCGGCGCUCCCCGGGGCUGGAUCGUGCCGGGCAGGUUACUCGCCGGGUCCCCGGCCGGGAGGGCUGUGACCCGCCCGCCCAUCUCUGUGGGGCGCGGGUGGGGGGCGGGGAGGACGACCAUGCACCGAGUCGUCUCCAACCAGCGCUCGGUCUCCUCCUCCUCGGGCUCCUUCCAGGCUCCCCCGCCGCCUCCCCCCGCCGCGGACCUGCAGCCCCUUUUCCUGGGCGGCGGCAUCAGCAGCACCAGCAGCUCGAGCGGCGGCACCCGGAGGGGCAGGCGAGGCUCCGUGUCCAGCUCGGCCUCCACCCGCACUCGCAGCAGGAGCAGCAGCAGCGGCGGCCGCAGCAGUGAGGAAGAGGAGGAGGAGGAAGAGGGCGAGGAGGAGGAAGCCAAGCCCCUCGUGCCGGUUCAGGAGCCCGCCUCGCCGCCCGCCCCGCCCGCCGCCUGCGCCUCCCCGGGGUCCAGCAGCACCUCCACGUCGGGCUGCAGCAUGACAGCCGCCGAGCUGUACGGGGCUCCGGCCGCCGGGCCCGGGACGGCGGCGGCGGCGAGCGCGGCCGCGGGGCUGCUGUGGGCAGGGGGCUCGGGCGGGUCUCGCUGGGGCUACAAGGCGCUGUCCCUGGUGCUGCUGCUGGGCCAGGGCGCGCUGCUGGACCUCUACCUGAUCGCCGUCACCGACCUGUACUGGUGCAGCUGGAUCGCCACCGACCUGGUGCUGGCCGCCGGCUGGAGCAUCUUCUUCUGCCGCAACAGCCGCGCUCGUCGCCGGGAGCGCCCGUCCGGCGUCGGAGGGGGACACCCGCCGCCGCCGCCGCCCUUGCACCCGCUGCUGGGCCACCCGCCCCACGGCGGCCGAGGCGCCUGCGCUGCGUCGGGCGGGAAGGCAGGGGGCGCUCCGCGGGGCGGGGACUUCGCCUACGCCCACUUGGCCUGGCUGAUCUACGCCAUCGCCUUCACGCCCAAGGCGGCGCUCAUCCUGGGCACGUCCAUCCUGGAGCUGGUGGAGCUGCGCCUGCCGCUGGGCGCCACGGGCUUCCGGAUCACGCUGGCGCUCUCGGCCCCGCUCCUGUAUUGCCUCUUGCGGGCCAUCGGCGCCGAAGGCGGCUCCGGCUCCGGCUCCGGCCAGCUCCUCUUGCCGCCCCAGCCGCCCCCGCAGCACCGCGCCGCCGCCGCUUUCCUGGCCACGUGCUUGGACCUGCUGGACAGCUUCACUCUCCUGGAGCUGCUGCUCCUGCAGCCCGGCCGGCCGGCCUUGCCGCUGCCGCCGCCGCUCCGCUACGUGCUCAUCGCCGUCUACUUCCUGUGCCUGGCCUCGCCGGUGCUGUGGCUGUACGAGCUGAGCGCCCCGCGGGCCCCCGGCGCCGCCCGCCUGGCCUUGCACUGGCUGCUGCCCGCCGGGCUCCUGGACGCGCCUCUGCUGGCGCUGCGCUGCCUCCUGCUGGUGCGCUACCAGCAGCCCCUCUCCAUCUUCAUGCUCAAGAACCUCUUCUUCCUGGCCUGCCGGGGCCUGGAGGCCCUGGAGACCUGCUGCCUCCUGCACUCCGCCGGCGGGCUGGCUGGCAACGGCAAGAACGCGCCAGCCCCCUCCGCCGGGGUCGGGGCCGGCCAGCUCAGCCACUGCAUCUCCGAGAACGACAUGGGGCCCCACGGCUAUGUCAACACACUGGCCGUCACCGCGCAGAGCUGAGGGGGGCCGCGCCCAUGCCAGUGCCCCACUGCAGUUACCCCACCUUGUAUUCCAUGCCAGUUCAGCUUAGGUACCCACCCCGCUGUAGUUACUUUCCCUUUUACAUGUCUCCGAUUUUCAGAUUGGCCCAGUCGCCCAAACCCAGGCCCCUUAGGAGACAGCAGUUGUGCAUCUGACCCAGCUAACUCAGGGCACUGUAACUUUCUGAGCAGUUGUCCUGAAUAACUUUGACCUACCUAGUCUGACCCUUCCCUGGAAAGUUCAUUGUCCAUGGCAAACCUAGGGAUUCUGACCUGUACCUGUUUUAGUUCCCCCUGUCCACUUUUAUCUCUGCCGAUCUCAACCAGAUUAAGGCCCAUUUAAUUAGCCAAUGAUAUGGUCUCACCUGGGAACUCAGUGGAGUACAGUAAUGCUAAUUUUUUGAGUGAAGCAGUGGCCAUUGGUUUAAACCAGCUGCACCCAUGAAAGUAUUGCCCUGGCAUGGUUCAAUGUUGUCUAAAAUAUGUAGUCCACUGCAUCACCCUAGUGGCUGUGUGGUGAGGUGGUGCCCAUAUAGUUUAGAGUCUUGGCAGUAGCUACACCUCAAUGGUAAUGUGAAGCAGCCUAAUUUUCCCAUCCUAAUUAGUCAGGCUGUCUUCUGUGGCAAUAUCUGAGCUGCUCUUGCCUUAAAUCACUUUCCUUCAUGUACUACUUUAAUCAUGAAAACUUUUAAUAUUGUUAGAUAUUCUGUCAUUCCAGAGCAGCUAGACACACAUAAAUACACAACAUAAUGAAUGCUGCAGCACUAGUCAAACCACCUAUUGGGCCAAAAUGAUGGCAGCAUCAUUUUUUAAUCCUUUCACCCAAGUUCUUACAAACUAUUCCAAAUCCUUUACUUCCACCCCAUCCCCAUAACCCCCAAUCAUUCCUAUUUAUUCUGUAGGUUCCUUCUAAUGACAACUUAAUGUGCUGUGGCUACAGACCCCUCACCUCUUUUGCUUCUAUUUAUAGAAAUCAAGAUGGAAGAGGUCUGUUGUUUAACUGCCUAACUGCACAUUCCAGAUUAUAUAUUUCACGUCG